AUGCAGACAAACUUUCUUUCCCAGCAAUUUAAUGCUGGUCCUUUGGCAGAAAACUACACAGCUUGUCCAGCAAAUGCUACUAUUUGUGAUGGCGCCUCUUGUGUGUUGGCAGAAGAUAAUUUUAAUCAAACUUUGAGCGUAGUUUUAAGUACUGUUCUAACGAUCAUGCUGGCUUUGGUGAUGUUCUCCAUGGGCUGCAAUGUGGAAAUCAAGAAUUUCUUGGGCCACAUAAAAAGACCCUGGGGUAUAUUUGUGGGUUUCCUUUGCCAGUUUGGAAUUAUGCCUCUCACAGCCUUCUUGCUCUCUUUGGCCUUCGGCAUCCUUCCUAUUCAAGCUGUCGUGGUGAUGAUCAUGGGAUGCUGUCCAGGGGGCACAGCCUCCAAUGUCAUUGCCUACUGGGUGGAUGGAGACAUGGACCUAAGCAUCAGCAUGACAACUUGCUCCACGCUGCUUGCAAUGGGAAUGAUGCCACUUUGUCUCUUUAUUUACACCAAAAUGUGGACUGAUGCUGAUGCAAUUGUACUCCCCUAUAACAGCAUUGGACUUUCUCUGGUAGCUCUUGUAGUUCCUGUUUCAGUGGGAAUAUUUGUCAACCACAAGUGGCCUAGUAAAGCAAAAAUCAUACUUAAGGUUGGUUCCAUUGUGGGAGCAGUGCUCAUCGUGCUCACUGCUGUGGUUGGGGGAAUACUCUACAAAGGCUCCUGGGUUAUCACACCAAAAUUAUGGAUCAUUGGCACCAUAUUUCCAGCAGCUGGAUAUACUUUAGGAUUCUUUCUGGCUCGCCUAGCUGGUCUGUCAUGGAACAGGUGUCGUACAGUGUCUCUGGAAACAGGCAUGCAAAACACCCAGCUAUGUUCCACCAUAGUACAGCUCUCAUUCACUCCUGAACAACUUGAACUCAUGUUUACUUUCCCACUCAUCUACAGCAUUUUCCAGCUGUUGUUUGCAGCACUAAUUUUAGGAGGCUACCGUCUUUACAGAAGACGCCACAUCAAAACAAAGACAGAUGUUGAGAAAACACCGCAAAAAGAGGAUCCAAAAUCAGAAGCUAAAAUAAAUGGAGGAUUUGUAUCAGAUGAGAUUAAAUAG